AUGAAGCAUGGCUAUGUCUCCAACGACGUCGACAUUGCUGCCGCUUAUGCCGGCCAGCUCGAUGGCGAGAAUGCCUACACCCGCAAGGAACAGGUCCGGCUGCGAUGGAAGCUAGACUUGCGACUUGUGCCCCUGUUGUGGUUCAAUGUCACUUUAGGUGCCAUGGACAAAGUCACCACAUCUACUGCUGCGCUCUACGGGAUGAAAAAAGACACCGAUCUCACCGGUGACCGAUACAGCUGGGUUGGCAGCGCUUUUUACUUUGGAUAUCUCUUUUGGUGUCUCCCGUCCGGGAGUCUCCUGCAGCGAUUUCCCAUCGCGAAGCUGAUGUUUGUGGCCCAAUUGCUUUGGGGUAUCAUUCUGAUUGGCACCGGAUUCGCCAACAACUUCGCAACUCUCAUUGCUCUCCGAGUCAUGCUGGGCGUCUUAGAAGCACCAAUUGUCCCUGGCAACUUCUUGGUUCUUGGCAUGUGGUACACUCGUCGAGAACAGCCUCUCCGGACAGGUCUUAUGUACACUGGCCUUUCCGUGUGCUUCACUGGCCCUAUCGGAUACGGUAUUGGCUUCAUCGCUGGCGACCACGUAUGGAGGUCCAUGUUUUGGAUCACUGGUGCCAUGACUAUCGUCUGGGCCGUUGUCAUUGGUGUCUUCCUCCCCGACAACCCCGUCAAGACCAAAUUCAUCAAUGAACGCCAAAAGGCUAUUCUCGUGGAGCGACUUCGCGCUGACCAGACCGGUGUCGAAAACAAAACUUUCAAGCGCGAGCAGAUGAUCGAAGCGUUCUUAGACCCAAAGACAUGGCUCAUGUUCUUCUUCAACAUCUGGAUCUCGAUCCCCAAUGGUGGCCUGACUAACUUUUCUCCUCUGAUUAUCAAGGGCUUGGGCUACACCUCCCAACGCUCAGUGCUGCUCACGAUGCCUACCGGAAUCAUGCAGACCGCCAGCUCAUACAUGUGCAACGGCGGCGUCUUCCUCUGCGCCAAGUACCUCCCCAAGCACCAGCUCCGCAGCGCCUGGGUAGCCUUCGGAAUCAUCGUGGGCCUUAUCUCCUCCGUAUUCCUCUACACGCUGCCCUUACACAACUACAAUGGCCGCCUCGCAGCCCUCUACAUGUCCUACUUCUACCUUGGGCCCUAUAUCGUCGCGCUCGGUAUCAACACAGCCAACACGGCAGGACACACCAAGAAAGUCACCACCAACGCGCUCAUCUUCAUCGCUUACUGCGUCUCCAACAUCAUUGCGCCGCAGUUCUUCAAGGCUGAGCAGGCGCCGCUUUAUCCACUGGGUAUGGGCGCUAUCUUGGGCAGCUAUGUGCUAAGUCUGAUCACGAUUGCGAUGUACUGCGGGCACUGCAAGUGGGAGAAUACGAGGAGAGAUCGGGUUGAUCUGGCGAAGGAUGCGAGGGUGCAUGCGGACACUGACUUCAAGGAUUUGACGGAUAAGCAGAAUCCGCAUUUCAGGUAUGUGUUUUAAGUCUGGAAUAAGGGUGUUGGAGGAUGUUGGAGAUGAUGUGUAUACAUAUGCUCCUUGGGAGAUUUAUUUUGCGGAAUAUUUGCGAGCCUUGAGAUAUGGGAAUCUCACGAACGAUCUUUUUGAAUGAGCCUUGG